AUGGCCGUGCGCUGUCCGGCCCGGCCCGGAGGAAGUCGCCGCCGCCGCCGCCGCCGCGCGCGGCUCCACGCAGGCCGGCCCCCCGGCUCUCCGCAGGCGGCGCCCGCCCGGCCCUGCCCUGCCUUCUCCGCCCGCGUCGCCGCGCUCCUCGCUGGCCGGCCCGCGCCGCUCCGCCCGCAGACGCGCCGCCGCCGUCAGCGCCCGGCCGGUCCACACUGCAUCCUGGGAGCCGGCGCAGGCCCAGCCCCAGACCCCCCGCCCCACCGGCCUCGCGCCUCCCCGACUCCCCGAGCCCCCGAGCCCCCGACCCACGGGCUUCCCGACCCCGGACCGCCCGACCCACCGGCCUUCCCACUCUCAGACUGCCGGAUCCCGGACCCACUGACGACCCGACCCACCGGCCUCCCGACUCUCCGACCGCCCUAUCCCGGAUCCACUGACCUCCGACAUACCGGCCUCCUGACCCCCGAACCCCCCCCGCCCCCCGCUCCCGACUCCUCGACCUUCCGAUCCACCGGUCCGCCGGCCCGCCGACCCACCGGCCUCCUGACCCCCCCGACCUUCCGACCCCCCUAUCCACCCGCCCACCGACGCUGUCCGACCCACGGGCCAGCCGACCCACCAGCCUCCGGACCCCCUGAACCACCCGGCCACUGA